AUGGGCUCCGUAAUGCUGCAGCACCUCCCGUCCGCCUGGCACGUGGACCAAGCGAUAGUCCACGAAGAGCGACGCAUAGUCUGCAUCCGGUUCGGCAACGACGCGAACCCCGAGUGCAUGGACAUGGACGAGAAGCUGUACAAGAUUGUGGAUGCAGUCAAAGAAUGGGUUGUUAUCUAUCUUGUUGAUAUCCAGCAAGUCCCCGAUUUCAACGCCAUGUACGAAAUCUACGACGCAUGCACCGUCAUGUUUUUCUGGCGCAACAAACACAUCCAGGUGGAUUUUGGCACGGGCAACAACAACAAGAUUAAUUUCCCCAUUGGCGACAAGCAGGAGCUGGUGGAUAUACUCGAGGCCGUGUAUCGCGGCGCGAGCAAGGGCAAGGGUCUGGUGGUUAGUCCGAGGGAUUAUUCUACAAAGUGGGCUUAUUAG